AUGUACGCCGCGCAUCAGCUCAACCUUCAGCCCCGGGUCUCCUUGCCAGAGACCUCCCCCACCUUGCGGUGGACGGGGAAGGUUGGCAAUGCGUCUGCGUUUCGGGUCUGGGGAUCUCGGGCGUUUGUCCGCGACUUGUCUGCUGACAAGCUGCCCCCCCGUGCUGUUCCCUGCGUCUUCCUUGGCUUCCCCCCUGACGCGCCUGGUUGGCAGUUUUACCACCCUACCACGCGCCGUGUUCUGUCCUCCCAGGACGUCACCUUUGACAAGUCGGUACCUUACUACUGUCUCUUCCCCUACCGCACUGCGCCCCUUCCCCUGCCCCCACUCUUCCUUGUGCAAGGUCCUCCCCGGGUAGACCCCCUCCCCCGUCAGGGUCCUGCCCCAUCAGGUGUGUCCCAGGUAGACGAAGUCGAGGCUGUCAAGGUAGCUGUUGACUAUGGUGCUAUUAGAGCUGCUGAGCCUGCAGGUGCCGGGUUUGGCGGUGCUGAGUCUGGGGGUGCUGAGCCUGGGGUGCUGUGUCUGGGGGUGCUGAGCCUGGGGGUGCUGAGUCUGGAGGUGCUGAGAAUGGGGGUGCUGAGUCAGGGGGUGGUGAGCCUGCGGGUGCGGAGCGUGGGGGCGCUGGGUCUGCUCGUGUGGCCGCCGACGGUGCUUCUUCGAGGCGGGAGCCACUCUCUCCACAGGAGCUGCGCAAGUGGUUUGCCCGGCGCUGGAGGCGUGCGGCUGGAGCUGGAGGUACUACUGUUGCUGCUGGUCCCGGAGGUGCUCGUCCUGGAGGUACUGGAGCUGCUGGGACUGGGGGUGCUGCUGGGGCUGCUGGAGUUGGUCCUGUUGGAGCUGCUGGCGGUACUGGAGCUGCCGGUCUUGCUGGAGUUGGUGCUGCUGGAGCUACUGGAGCUGGAGCUGCUGGGGGUGUUGGCUCUGGUGUUUCUACUGGCGCUGGUGCGUCUGAGGGUGCUGGAGCUGGCGCUGCUGGAGCUGGAGGUGCUGCUCGCGCUGGUGCUGCCGCUGGAGUCUGACUCUCUUCGUGCUGCCAGUCCUUCUGUCACGCGUCUCCUGGCUACUGCUGUCACUGACCCUUCCUUUGAGUCCACUACUGCGUCGGCCCUUGUUGCUGAGCUUGUCGAUUUUGCUGCUCGAUGUCGUCUAGACUACGCUGCUAGUCUUGUUGCUGAGUCUGAGUCUGUCUGUCCUCCGUCCGUCGGGGAUGCACCAGACAUCCCGACUCCUCGAUCGUACGCUGAGGCGAUCGAGGGUCCCUACUCCUCUCAGUGGCAGUCAGCCAUGGACGCAGAGAUGGCUUCCUGGAAGUCCACAGGCACCUACGUCGACGAGGUUCCCCCACCUGGGGCGAACAUCGUCAGUGGCAUGUGGAUUUUCAGGGUGAAGCGGCCGCCGGGUUCUCCGCCUGUCUUCAAGGCGCGUUACGUGGCUCGAGGCUUCAGUCAGCGGCAGGGAGUUGACUACUUUCAGACCUUCUCUCCCACCCCAAAGAUGACCACUCUUCGGGUGCUGCUGCACAUAGUCGCUCAGCGCGACUAUGAGCUUCACUCUCUUGACUUCAGCACAGCUUUCCUGCAGGGCAGCCUGCACGAGGAGAUCUGGCCGCGCCGCCCACCUGGCUUCACUGGGUCGUUUCCUCCUGGUACCCAGUGGAGCCUCCGGCGGCCAGUCUACGGUCUCCGCCAGGCGCCCCGUGAGUGGCACGACACACUGAGGACUACACUUGCGGCUCUUGGGUUUGCACCUUCUACUGCCGACCCGUCGAUGUUUCUGCGCACCGACACCUCUUUGCCGCCGUUCUAUAUCCUCGUGUACGUCAACGACUUGGUCUUUGCCACUGCUGACACUGCUAGACUCGCCCACUCACACAUGGUGCAGCAGGUCCUUCAGUGCUUCGACUUCACGUACUCCUCGCCUCAGGCCACUCCUCUGUCUACUCGCCACUCGCUCUCAGCUCUGCCUUCGGAUGAGUCCGUAGAGCCGAGUGGCCCGUACCCAGAGCUUGUUGGCUGCCUCAUGUACCUGAUGACCUGCACACGACCUGACGUUGCAUACCCUCUUAGCAUCUUGGCACGCUAUGUUGCUCCUGGCAGACACCGACCAGAGCACAUGGCUGCAGCGAAGAGGGUGUUGCGCUACUUGUGCAGUACGUCGGGCAUGGGGCUAGUGCUUGGAGGGCAACGUCCAGUGGUCCUCAAAGGUCACGGUGACUCUUCUUGGGCUGACGACCAGGCUAUGCAGCGGUCGUCACAGGGUUACACCUUCAGCCUUGGCUCCGGCUCUGUUUCUUGGCGGUCUACCCGCUCGUCUUCUGUUCUCAGCUCCAGCUGUGAGGCUGAGAUCUACGCGGGGACCAUGGCUGCACAGGAGCUACGCUGGCUCACCUACCUGCUGACUGACCUAGAAGAGCCGUCUCGUUCUCCUCCAGUUCUGUACGUAGACAACAAGGCCAUGCUGGCCUUGUGUCGGGAGCACAGACUGGAGCACAGAACGAAGCACAUUGCUCUUCGCUACUUCCUUGCUCGUGAGCUGCAGCAGCGUGGUCAGCUGCGCCUUGCUUACGUGGCCUCUGAGGCCAACACUGCAGAUAUCUUUACCAAGGCACUUCCGCCUUGUGAUCAUCAGCGCUUCUGUACGAUGCUUGGUCUUGUGCCUACUUGA